GGUAGGUACUUACCUUAGGUACACCUUCGAUGAGAUAUCACGUGAAGGAUCCCGUGAGAAAAUUUUGCCCUGGAAGGCGCCCCACCUUCCGUCGGGGCGCACUUUCUAAUUUUGCACCAAAAAUCAACUGCGCUCAGAAUUUCUGAUUUCCUAACCCAACUCGCCCUGACCACCAUUAGAUUAUACAGCUAUCUAUUGGGAGACUGUCAAGAUGUCGAAGAUCACAGUCGGUACGAUAUAUCCCGGAGGAGACUGAACUCACACGAGGAGUUACAGUACAAUAACAAGACACCGCAAGAAUGCUAACGGCGAUGCAGCUAAUGUCCGGACGCAAGUCGGAGAGCUCUUGGAGUACUCCAACGAGACCAAGAAGCGUAACUUCCUUGAGACUGUUGAGCUUCAGAUCGGCCUGAAGAACUAUGACCCUCAGCGUGACAAGCGUUUCUCUGGCACCAUCCGCCUGCCCUCCAUCCCCCGACCCAACAUGUCCAUCUGCAUUCUCGGUGACCAGCACGAUAUCGAUCGUGCCAAGCACGGUGGUGUUGACGCCAUGUCCGCUGAUGACUUGAAGAAGCUCAACAAGAACAAGAAGCUCAUCAAGAAGCUUGCCCGCAAGUACGACGCCUUCGUUGCCUCCGAGGCUCUCAUCAAGCAGAUCCCCCGUCUCUUGGGUCCUGGUCUGUCCAAGGCCGGCAAGUUCCCCACUCCCGUCUCUCACGCCGACGACCUGACUGGCCGCAUCAACGAGGUCAAGUCCACCAUCAAGUUCCAGCUCAAGAAGGUUCUCUGCAUGGGUGUCGCCGUCGGCAACGUCGAGAUGACACAGGAGCAGCUCGUCGCCAACAUCAUGCUGGCCAUCAACUACCUCGUCUCUCUUCUCAAGAAGGGCUGGCAGAACGUUGGAAGCCUUACCAUCAAGGCUUCCAUGUCUCCCCCCAAGCGCCUGUACUAAGCGUGUUUCUUUAGCCUCUGCCUGAGAUGGCUUGGCAAUCGUGUUCACUGAAAUGUGGACUGCAGCUUAGACUAGGAUGGCAGGAAAAAUAAACACAAUGAGACAAAUGUGCUUUUCAAACGUGAUUGUCAACUGACCCAUCAAAAACCUGGAUGAAUAUGUACAAUGGAGAUGGUGGAGAGUAAUUAGACUCCAAGUUAACCUAUCAUUGUCUGCAUCGCCAAGCUCAAUGUUUUGCAGGGCAACACCAUGAAUGCCGGGAUUACAACUAUCGCCGGUUGCAAAUUUACGGCACUACAGGCCCUAUGGGGCUAUCAAUGACGUGACUGGCUUUCUUUAAGUCAACUCAAUUUCCAGUUCAUUAGCUGCGAGGAGAUGUGAGCAGGGUUUCUUCCAAGCGAAGCGAAUUGGUGGGGGGGAAGGAAUCAGCUUUUCGAAUGAAAGAUGAUUACAAUUACCACAGGUGGAAUCAUGGAAACCGAACGUUUAAUGACCUUAUCCCAUAAAGCCGAGAAAAUUGGAACGUCAUUAAUGAUUUCUAUUUCAUAAGCGACAAAGAAAAUUCGACAAAGCAGUCAUGCCCCCCCUUUUUUUUUCUCUAAUUUGGGCAGCUUUUUGUUACUCUCCAGGCGACGAGGCCCCGUCGCCCAAUAACCCUGGCCAGGGUGUCCCAAACGCCGUCGUCGCCAAAAUCCAGAUCAUCCAGGUUCAGGUGUUUCCUGUAACGCCAUACCUCUCUAAAUCGUAGCCCCUCUAAGCCCUUGUUGGACAGGUAGGGAUCUAACCAUGUCGCUGAUGCCGGGGCGAUCAGAUAUGUACCGUUCUUCUCCUUCAGAUACUCCUGGUUUCGUCUGUCGGCGGGAGUGUCGCAUGUGGCGAGUCCGUAGAGUUGCUCAAGUAGCACCUCACCCUUGAGACCCAUAACGUCUCGCGUGGUCAGGAACUCAUUCUUGCCAUUAAGAAGCCAGAUUGGCGGUGUAUAUGUCUUCCACCAGAUAGCUUGGGUGGCAUCUGGUUGCUGACUCAGGAAGACCUGUCCCGGCACCACACCUCCCUGAUGGUAGAUACCCAUCAACGAGCCGAGGACGAGGUUAAACCCGAUCCAAACUGCCGUAAAGCCGUAGAGUAUUGUUUGGUUUCGGGGCAUGCGAAUUGACGAAAGAAAUAGUGGUACCGUAGGGAGCAAGAAUCUCGCCUCCUGAUGUUGAAACGCCGAUAGUACCACCAAACCAGACACUGCCGACCAGAGUCGGAUUGACAGUUUGGGUCUGAUUAUCAACAAAGCUGCAGCUGGGCCCAGCAGCAACGGCAAAUUCCCCACCAAAUGCUGGUACCAAGGAUGAAGGCCAUGCUGCGCCAGGUUCUCGGUUGCUGAGUUAUACUUGAAGUUGUUCAGAGGAGUGAUUACAGGUUUAUGGAUCAGGUCGGUCCAUGUGAUGGGACCUGGCAGGUAAAACGCGGUGUCCAGACCGAUGGCAAUGACAGUUGUCAGUGCCGCAGCUAACGUCAAGUAUACGAGAGACGUAGGCCUGUGGAUGUGUUAGCUUGUUCAUGCAUUUCCGCGCCAAGCGCAAAUAGGGUGACUCACCUCUUCCAGAACACAGGGAGCAGUCGAAGCCCAGGAACAACAAGAAAUGCUGGAAACGUGAUUCGAUUGAAUACACCGAAUACUCCAACUAUUCCAAGCACUGUGGCAGAUAAAACACAUGACCGCUGCUGUGUGUCGAAUUUGAAGUCAGCUGAUAGUCUUAUCAGUGGUAAUGGUGUGCAAGUAACGUACCCGUGGAUCAGCGACUCGCUGGAUCAGAACGAGACUCCACGCAACAACGAGCGUCUCUACCGAGUUGGAGAACGUGUGCGUCUGAUAGGUCCAGGUCACGUAGGACGAGGCGACAAGGAGAACGGCAACACGGCGAUGCUUCGGUGACGGGAUCAACUCAUGCAACGCCCAAUCUUCAAGAACAAAGCUGAUGACAAACAUGAGAACGCGCAGAGUCCAGAAAACCGCAAUAGGUGGGAUCUCUCCGUCUUUGCCGUUACCGAUCCAUAGCCACCGCAAGAGGAGCAUAGGAAGACCAUAGACGGGCCAUAGUGGGAAAACACUACGGAUAGGGUUCUCGCUUGUAAAUUCCCAAGUGUGUCGAACGGGAUAACUAAAAAUUUGGCCUGGCGCGAAUUAGCAGCUGGACUCGUAGUGGCAGUCUGCAUGAACAGAGAGGGCAUCAAAGUGCAUCAUCUGGACAUGCAGGCAUUUCAACAAGAGAGCAACUGGGAGCUGGCGCAGAAGAACAUACCAGCUAUGACCUCGGGCCCUUGGAAGUUCUCGUCCGGGUGUAAAUAACUGGGUGAUAGCGCAAACCACAGCCUUAUGAGGACGAGCGUGAGAUAUGUGCGUCGCCACAUAGUUGAUCUUAGCAGCUGUGAAUCGGGAGAGCAAUCAUGAGCUUAGUUUCGAGGGAAAAAGGCAUCGAAUGUCCGCAUAAACAAAGACCGAAUGUGAGCGCUUCGACUCGAUGCGCUCCUAUAGCUGGCGCUCCAGUGUCGCAAUCGCAAAGUGGGGGAAGUAGAGAAAAGUGUCAAUAUUUCGCCGGUCGCAGGAGAUUCGAGCUAAGCAGAGUAAAUCCGGAUCGUUGUGCGCCGCUGAUAUGUACGUCGUAUGCUGUUGGAAGAGUUUCGAGUCGUGGGGGUGGAAAGGGAAGAUGGAAGGUUUAUGAUGGUCUAUUAUUAGAUCGACGAAUAUGCGAGACACUCCCCUAGGUCAGGAAAGAAUUUAUAGGAAGAGAAGAGACAAGGAACCAAAA